CGUCAAGCUUUUUCCAUUACGCUCCCUUUGUCUUGGAAGCUCUCCAUGAGUCAUUCCAGAAUACAUAAAUAUCCCAACAUUUCUUUACUAGAAGUACUACUUCUUCUGCUUCAGUAUGACAGUAUGAUCUCGAAGAGCCGGAAUGAACCGCGCCUCUUAAAAGCCUUCCCGUGACGGCAUUCCGGUGUAGCCCAUGGUUAGAUGUAGAUCGGUGCAUUGUUACAUUCGUGCCUGCUCAUGUUCGCUUGCCGACUGUGUUUCAUUUAACUGUUAUUUAGAGAGGCGGCCCUAGGCAGCAGUUCCGUUACAGCGCAGACUUUCGUUCGAUACUGUGAUCUUCGUUGGUUAGCAGUGGUACGUUGUAAUAGUGGUUGUAGCAGCAGCUGCACUUAUGCCGUCCUAAUUUGCCGAAUGUUGACAACAUUGGAAUAACAGCGACUCAUUGUUCUCGAGUGAUGAGGGUGUGUGGCUGUGCCUCGACGUUGGAAACACCGCUGUGCAAAUCUGCGAAGCUGUCGCCCGCCUUUCUGCAAAGUGACUGAAAUUUCCUUGCGCAAGUGUUGUUCGAAGACUGAUGAUAGUGGCUAUAGCAACGGUGUCUGUAUCGAUUUGGGUAAAGACGGUGCGCGAGAACCCCUGUCAGAUUGGGCCCCAUCUGUUGUACGUGUUCUACGACCAACAAGUGCAGUAGCUUUACGAAAAUGCUUGCGAUGAGCGACAUGUAUGGGCUAUUACUCGAACAGCUGACUGACUGGCUAAGCUGGCAGAGUCGAGUACAAGAGUCAGCCUUGGGCACGGAUAGGUAGACGCCUUAGGUGGUUUCUGUUCUGGCCAUAGAGAAGAUGAUAAGGUGUUGUCGAAAUAGAUGUCGGUCCGAUGCUUGUAAAUGCCAACAAAGUAAUUAGACUUCAACUGCUAAUUGAGUAUGGUUCAGCUCACCUUCUAAUGAGUGGGCGUCUUGUGAGGGGGGCGGAUCUGUUAUUCUGUAAACGCUAUUACGUAUAAAAAUAGUUGUAAAAAUAUAUAUAAAGAUUUCUAAGAUUCUUAACAAAAGCUUGCUAAAUAUUUGCUAUAACACUAACAUAACAUAUAGUUCGAAGUUAUCGGAGUCCAUGGGGGAAAAACUGAAAUUGUUGGGUGCUCAUAAAAAUUGCACGCAUAAGUGGAAAUCAAUCUAUCUCAAGUUCUCGUAUUAUGUUCACAGAAUGCAGAAAAGCAUCAGGAGCCAGAGCAUCGAAUGGCAUCUCGUAGUAAUCAGGAGUGCCAAUGGAAGUCGAUCAUUUAUUUCUAACGAGAAUAGUGGUGUACCCGUGCAGUUGUGUUCUGCUCAUAAAAUUAUUUUAUCGACAUACGGAGGACAAAAAUUGCCAUUUGGCGAAACCAAAAAAUUAGGUUGACCUGACGACCGAUCAUUCAAGACAAUGGGGAUACCGCUUUGUGUUCAUUUUCCUGUGCUUACGCGUAUGAUCAUGAUCAAACAAUAAGCCCGCGAUUUAAUAGAGUUUUUAUAACUAAUGGGUAACACUAUUUUCAUUUGGCUUUGAGGUAUACUUGCCCCUAUUGUGGUAGAUAUUCAUAACAAUUCAAAGAUGUUCUGUUUAGGGUUAUCAGAUUAACAGAAUUAGGCAAUUAAACUUAUAUUUAAUUAAACUGUAAAAAAAAGUCGAAAAAUCAAAAAGGGAAAAUAAAACCAAUGAAUCAUAGACUCAUUCGAAACAAGAUAAUUAGAAAUUAAAAAAAGGUGAGUGUAUGUUCUAGUUACUAUUGUCUUGAAAUAUUAGUUCAAUUGAAAACUUUGAGUAGUUGCAGUAGAAGUGAGGUAGUCUACUUCUUUGAUGGCCGGCUUAAUGAAUUGUAUUAUCCUAAGCGUAUUAAUAUGAUAGCAUUGGCUUUCCUAUUGCCUUUUGUACUAUGCGUGAAAUAUGGCACGGUACAAUAAACGCGCAGUUGCAUUUUAUAAGGCAAAUAUUAUCAAAUUAAAUACAUAAAAAUCGCUAUUCACAUUGCUACAUGCAUCUUUCCACGUCUUUGAAAUACUUUGAAAUACGUUAUCCCCUCUUGAAAUUGUUUAUCAUAUAUAUUGAUGCAUUAUGUUGCAUAAACUCUGGUACCGAAAACACUUCCUUGUCAUUUCGCAAAGCAUUCUAUGUAAUGAAAGUAUUUUAGUCAUAAUUUUUGUCCGGCUUACUUCAAUGACAAAUGAUGAAGCGUUUGUAUUAUUAUUACAUUUUAUUAAUGAAUUGUCGUAUACGCUCAAAUGUUGACAUCUUCAAGACGACCAGUCGAUCAAAUUUAUCUAGCAUUAGCUAGUUCAGAUAUGACAGUCGCUGUGUUCGCAUAAGUUAUGCAUAAGUUAAGCAUAAGAACGGCAGUACUAUUUAAAGCUAUAGUGCUAUAAGAAAAGUAAACAAAUAACUAAACAAUUUAUUCAGUAGUAGCACGUUGUCAUAGCUUUAUCAGGUCAGGUCCAAGGUGUCAUCUGAAAAUUAAAUCCGAUCUGACAUGGAUAUAAGUUGUAUAUAUACUUCAGCUUUCAAUGAUUACCCAAAACUGGUAAGCUGUUACGACAUUUGGAAAAUGACCGCCCGUGCUGUUUUCAUUAUUUCUAUAUAGCACUUAAUAUUAUCUGCGCGUUGCGAUAUAAUGUUUAAUCGAUUAACAAGGAUCAAUAUGUGACUGUUAGGUGUUAAUCGUAAAAUUCGGCAUUGACAGCUUUGGCUAAAAUACAGGAAACGGAUCCAUUAUGUAUUAACACGGCUAUCCUUAUUAACCCUCUUCCUCGGCAUGGCUAAGUGUGAUACCCUAGAAAAAUUUGUGUUUACAUGAGUAAACUGUCAAUUUUGCACAAAAAAAGUUUUAUGACUAAAAGGACGAUUAGAAAUAGAGCGAUCUACAUUGACCAGUAUCUUUCAUUUUUCGUGGUUAUAUGGGUUACGUUAAUGGCCUAAAUAUCAUCAAAUUUUCAGUGCACUACUAAAUAGGCAACAAUUAUUAACGUUAUCACGAUGGGCGCAUGUAAGGACAAAAGAGCGUAAACCGAAACUGUGAUUCACUCGAUAAUAUUUUUGUUCUUACUUGCUUACGGGUACGUCAAACUACUAUGACACAGGUUCGAAUUUCUGAACCGAAUUCUGUGACAUUAUGGGUUCCAGCCUUUUGGAUACAUUAAGUCGAAUUUGAGCAAUGAUGGAUGACAUCUGCAUCAUAAAAAAGAUGGUUGGAAGUCCGUAACUGACAAACCUCUAGGAAACCGAUCGUUACAUUGAUUACAUUCUCAGAAACAUCCCAAACAUAUUUAUCACAAAACUGCCAAUUACUAAAUAUAUAACGUAUAAAAUAAAACCUUUAACGGGCUCAAGGGCAGCUCUCUAAGUUAACGAACUCCAAACUUAGAAGAUCAUUUUAACCGGCUCCGAGUGUUUAAACUUGGCAGUCCAUAACUACUAAACACGAUGCAUAAUGUGGUAAUCAUAUAAGUUUCUUUUUUUUUUAAAAUUCUAAGCCUGUGUCUUUGAAUAGUUGUAAUAAUCAGUGAUAAUAUAAUUAGUUGUAUAUGGUUCUGAGCCUUCUAAUGUCUAUUCUAAAAUAAAUUUUAGGGUAUUAAAAUAACACUUGCAACCUGUCGUGUGACAUUUUUUUUUCAUUUAAUCGUUUUUCUUUCAAGCAAGUACCAUUUGCCCUUGUAAAUCUUUAUAAGAUAUAAGGCCGUAUCGACUAAUCAGAACAGGAACUAAUCAAUCGAAGUAUAUGGAUUUAUAAUUUUAAUAUGCGUGUAAACGAUAUAUAAAAUAUAAUAAAGAAUCCCGUUUAAAAUUAAAAAGAGACUAUCCUCAAGGAAUGAUGAAUGAACAGUCUUUGAGCGUCACAGGUGAAGAAUAUAAUUAGGCUGUUUUUGACGCAAAAGUGUAAUAGGAUGUAUUCCAUUUGCAAACUUUAACGUCGCAUAAAAGAAUCAUACGAGUCUCUUUGUUGUGGCAUACAUUCCCUUAAAGUUAGAAUGAUCUAAAGGUUAAGAGUAUAGCUUAGCUUCCAACGUCCAAACUAAUGCUUAACCAACAUUCUACAUAAUAAACCCAGAACAACUUAUAUUAUUAUUAACAACAACACUUAACUUCAUUUUUGACGUAAUAAGCUCGCGUUACGACAUCAACGAUCAGUGACUGGAUAACUUUAUGGCUUUUUAUGUCAAAAUAAUUCCACUACCGUAAACUAUAGCAAAAAAAUAAAGGAGAUUUCGAGAGUUAUAUAUCAGUCAUACAUUAAUUAGGAAGCAAGGAUCAUUGUGCCCAUGAUAGGACAUCAUGUGCCUAGUGUCGAACCUUCACAAUUUCAUUACACAAGAUUUUUAAGUUGUGCCAAUAGGUGAUAAAUUAUACUGAGUUUCAGAUGUUCCUUUACUUCAUAGUGCUCAUGUGUUUCUUGGAAUUUUGUCGAUACUUUUUCAAUAUCAACGAUUAUUUCAAUGACCUCAACAGUUGUUUUUUAAAGAUUUUUCCACGACGUACUGUCUUUAUUUUUUAAUAUUUUUUGAGAGGACUUUUUUAAUGAUGGUACUGUUAUUGUAUAAAAGCUGUUUAAAGAUAUUCAUAUGUAUUAUUGGUCACAUAGUGCUUGCAUCGAUGACGGGUGAAUGUUUCGAAUCCUACAUCUGCCAUUAGGUAUUCCAUCAGCCGGUAGCUCCCAGCACCAAGUGAAGUGUGUCUUUACCCGAAUCUAAACCUAGAACCACUACGCAUCCCUAAGAUUAACAGGCACACAUGUUAUUUCUCGGCUCGUUGCUUUGAUCCCCUGAGGCCUUAUUAAACACGGGUUCAUGUGUGCAGGAUUUCUUUGUUUGUGCAAACUAAUCUAGUGUGUUCUUUUGCGUCAUUCAUGUGUAUCUAAUAAUCAUUACCCAAAACAACUGUAACAAUCUUUAUCGCGUUAGCUAAUACGGGCGCCACCAAGUAUUGGAAAGAAAAAAAACACGUCUCUUCUUACUCCGACCCAGAUUCCACCUUUUGGUUCUAUAGUUUAUGGGAAACUUGUCUCUAAUUUAGCUCUUAAGUUGGUAUCCUGAUUAUCACUUGUUCAGGUUCCUAACUGUCGUAGAUUACAAUUCUUUUCGCACUACGCGUAAGUACACAAGCCUGUAGCCAGGAACAUAAGGGCUAGGAAAUUUUAGUAUUUGCCAGAAUGUACACGGAACUUUUGUUUUUUCUUUGAAGUCUUUGCAGACCAAUUUACUUAUUUCCAUUCGACGAUGUCCACAAAACUAAAUAACCCCCAUUUUAAGAAAUUAUGCAUAUCAAUAGAGAAAAAUGUGAAAGCAUUACUCUUUUCUAUACUGGACCUUUUAUCGUCCCGCUCCAUGCGUUGGGCAUACCAUCAAUCUACACGGAUUGGCUCUGUUUCUAAGUCGAAGAUAUAUUUUUUUGGCUAUUUUUACCUUGAAGUAGUUAAGACUGUCCUAAAUUAAUAAACAAACUGAUCUCAAAUAAAAAAAAACUGUAACAUCCUUUUCAUUUUAAAUAGCGUCAGCCACAUUACCGUAACAAAUGUAUUGGCUCUUACUCAAGGAUAUGGAAAAAUUGAACAUUUCAUUUCUUUGAAAAACAAACUUGAAAUUAAUUGGACUGAUUCUCGCCCAGACAUCAUCCGGUUUGACAUACACACAUGUAUUUGCAUUUACAUAUUUAUAAAAAUGUCUAAUUGUUAUAAAAUUGUGCCCAAUAAAAGGGAGGAGUCAAAUAAUGGAUUUUACAUUCAUUAGAAGUUGCGUUUGCUAUAACCAAUAUAUAUGCGUAUAUAUAGAUAUUAUAGCUAAAGAUCGGCGUAUAGCUAAAGUCCGACGUAUAGUCAUGAUAGUUCUAAAAAUCAUGUAGUUGGCUUGGUGCGCAUUAUUGAUGAGCGUCUUUUUCGGCGUUAAGGACACAUGUCCUUAUAAGAUAAUACAAUUAUGUGGCGGCAAUCCACAUUAUGAGAUGUUUACGUAGAAUGAAAGAUAUUACUUACUUAUCUAUUCACUAAAGAUUAUAUUCAUUUUAUUUAAUUGCCCUAUUAUUUGCCGUUUCACCUUGGAAGGCGAUGUACGCCUUGGUUAUAAAGCUUACUCGCUCAUUUGCUGCGAAAGUCAAAACAAGUACAAAAAAUAUACAAAUCUGUUUUGAGAUUUGCAUGCUAAAUUUUUGCUUAUUUACAUUUUAAACCGAUUCUUAUGAUAAAAUAAGGACGAGACUAUGCUUAUUGAAUGACCGGUACAGAAAAAGAGCAGAUUGUCGAGGCUCUCGAGACAGUACCCUGGAGAGCUUUGGAUCGGUAGGUAUUUACUUGCGUUGCCAUGUACGAACCAAAUCAAUACUUGUAGUUUUAAGUGACUGACUUGGUUAUCUGGUUUUAUACUAUAAAAUUGGCCUACAUUUUACAUGGUAGCAAUCUAAAUAUUCUUUUAUUUAAAAAAAAUAAUUGGGUCGAAAAUUUCGGAAUAUAUUCACUCGUUAUGGUUCUUUUUGCGAUUGAUCUAUAGUAUAUUGGUAUCCACAAACGAUAAAACCAGUUUUAGACGUAUAUUGGUGAAAAAAGCUCACAAAUUUUAUCGGACAGAUCCAAGGCAUCGAGUAUUAUGUUAAAAGUUAAAAAAGACGUAUAUAUAUCAAUCCAACAAAUUUUGAUUUGUUAUAUUUAACCUUUAUUAACUUGAUUCAACGACAGCCUCAGAUCGCAUUUUCAGCUUUGAGUGACACUUCGUUUUUGAAGCGUUAGUUCUAAAAACUUUUCUAAUAGAUUCAUAUCCACUGAUCCACUGGAUCGUUCGACUAAAUUUGAAGUAUUGGCCAAAAGAUCAGUAGUCAACGUAACUAUAACGAUAACAAAAGUGAUUAUGCAUCAACGAAUUUGUCAUACGUGAUUGAAUUGAGCUUGUUCAUGAGAAACGUAAAAAAAUUGCUGGUCACGGCUGAGGACCCUAGUACAAAACAAAAACUGUCAGUUAUUUUAACUAGCUCUCAGAAGAAAACACUGAAUCGUCUUAAGCCUAAGAAGCUGAUAUGAAAUUACUGUUGUAACCUGAUGCAAUUCUAUUUACUUUUUUCAGCCUUCACUCGUUGGUCAUUAUUAAGAGAAGUGGUUUGUUGUUGUCUCUGGUAGUGAAAUAGUGGCUGGUAACAUGCACCGCUAAAUGCGUUGGUAUCUUUUUUUAAGACCAUUCACUCGUUCCGAAUUGCUGCAAAGCGAACUGCCUUCGAAUCGUAAACUGAUGCAGAUAAUGAUAAUCAUAAUAAUCAUAAAUCAUGUAUUCUCCUUAUCCACCUAGCAGAAGAAGCAACGUAGAUAUAUGUUUAUUGAUUUCGGUCUUGUCAUGCUUACCGCUUGCUGGUCUCACGAGCUGAAUGCUUUUUCAUUUUUUUUGUUGUUCUUACUAAUCUGGUCAAAUCUCAGGUCGUCUAAGCUGAGCUGCGAGUACGAGCCAAAUGCUGCAGUCGUCGUUUAAGGGUCUGAGUCAUUGUUAGAGAAGUUACAGGUGCAGCAGCGGAGCGAUUCUGAGUAGCUGGAACAACGGCAUCAACAGCUAUGUCUUUCUUCAAAAUAUUUGAUAACCUCCGUGGGGUACGCAUUCCGGAGGACCCCGGCCGAGUGGUCGAUGUGCGACCGGAUGAUUACCUUAAAUGUUCUGUCCUGUAUCGAGAAGAUGGACUUUGUCUAUAUGAACUGUGUCUGCCAGAAGCAAGCGCCCCCACAGAAACCCAGAUGUGUUACGAUAUUGUGUUACUUAAAGAGCUAAAUCGAUCGUCGAACUCAGCGUUAAGCGUGUUUCGAUCGGGGAAACUCGAUGCCACCGAACUGCAAUUUACGAUACUGAAAGAUAAAUUACCACUAUUGCUACAAUGCGUGCCUGACUUGUGCACGCGAGAUCUAAUCCAGGAGGUAGUGUCCUUGUGUCGGAGUAACCCCUCGUGGUCGUUAGCUCAUAUCGCCGCGCAUAUGGGCAUGCUAGAUGUCCUCAAGCAUGCCAGUGUUAAAAGCCAAAUCAAUCACAUGGCAGCUGAGACGGGUCAAACCCCGUUGCACAUCGCGAUUAAGGCUCAAAAACUUACCGCUGUUCAGAUGUUAAUUCACUUAGAGGCGAAUGUCGAGGCAGUCGACGCCAACCACGACACUAUGUAUCACUGCGCUGCAAUCACUACCAAAGACAUUAUCAAGGCGUUGUCUGGCAAAACAGCCGUCAACCCGAUGCUGAUCAAUCGUCGAAAUAAGGAAGGCUACACUCCGCUACAGCUAGCUUGUCUAAUGGAUCGCGCAGAUUGCGUCAAAGAGCUUCUCAAGGAAGGAGCUGAUAUCAACUCCGCCUCAGCUGGACAUCCUAGCAAGUCUCGAGGACCGCUUAACAGUAGUUCCACUUUAGAGCUAGAUAACUCCAUCCCGCCGAAAUGCCUGGGUCGUGGCAAGGCGGAGCAGAACGCGAACAACUUCCAAGAGGAAGAUAUGAAACACGGGGGUACCCCGUUACAUUGGGCUAAAAGCACCCCUGUGCUGGAGUCGAUGAUAGAACACGGAUGCGACCUGAAUGCUCGUAAUUUUCAGGACAACACAGCCUUACAUAUAAUGGUGGCAAGGAAUCGGCUUAACUGUGUGAUUCUGCUAUUGAGUUACGGAGCUGAUGUGAAUGCGAUCGGUAUGGAUGGAGAUACACCACUUCAUAUAGCCGUCCGGGUUGCUGCGCCCGCUGCCGAGAACUGGCUACCCAUGUUUGAACAGGUUUCUUCACCUGGACGCAAGAAGCCCUUGCAAGAGCUCGCCGCCCUGUUGGACUUCGGAGAUGUAUCGGUUCUUCAAGCCCUUAUCGUGUUCGGGGCUGACGUAAACGCGCUAAAUAACAAAGGUGAAACGGCCCGACAUUUAGCAGCCGCUUCGCGAGCAAUGAAACGAGAUCUUGUGCUUUAUACCGUACACGCAGUGGGCGGUUCUCGAUGCAGCGAUGAUGUGCCUAAUUGCCGAGACGGAUGUUCGUCUUUUGGCUGCUUUGACGGUAUCGCACCGGACAAGCCCAAUUUCUUCAAAUCAGCUAAGUUAUUCGACAGCCUACUUGGUGAGUUAAUUGUUAAAGAAGCCUUGGAGAGUCUAGAAACAGUGCAAGAGAGCGAUCAACGACGCGGUCGCCAGUGUCGGGCAUUGGCUUUAGACGGGGGCGGUAUCCGUGGAUUAGUGAUUAUCCGAAUGAUGAUGUCCCUUGAAAAGGUUGUUGGUCGACCGCUCGUGCAAUGCUUUGACUGGAUCGCGGGUACCAGCACCGGUGGCAUCCUCGCAUUAUGUCUUGCUAGUGGUAAGACUACAUCACAAUGCUUCAAGUUGUACUUUCGGCUGAAAGAUAAAAUAUUCGUGGGUAACCGGCCGCAUGAUUCAGAUGCACUAGAAAAACUUCUUAAGCAGGAAUUGUCCGAAAAUCUGCGUAUGAGCGAUAUUUCUUACCCCAGGAUUGCAAUUACGGCGGUGGCUGCUGAGCGUCACCCAGCUAAGUUAUAUCUGUUUCGAAACUAUAAGGCUCCCCGUCAAAUUGUGGCUGAAAGCGGUCCAGGCGGAUGUGUAGUUGGGGAUUAUGAACCUGAUCCCGAUCCGUCGGAACUUGUCUGGAACGUAGCCCGUGCCACAGGAGCUGCGCCAACAUAUUUUAGCCCGUACAAGCAGUACCUCGACGGAGGAUUGAUUUCCAACAACCCUACCCUCGAUCUUCUCACGGAAAUCACAGAAUACAACGCCGUGCAAAGGGCCAUAGAAGCGGACAGUGAAGUGGCCAAUUUGACAGUAAUGGUCUCACUGGGUACCGGUAAACCUCCCGUAUUACCUACCUCAACAGUGGAUUGCUUGCAGACCUCCACGGGUCUACUGGGAACUGCCAGAAUGGCGUACGGCCUUCAGAAGCUGUUCCAGUUAGUUGUCGACCAGGCUACUCAGACGGGCGGUCGUGUGGUGGAACGGGCUCAGGCGUGGUGCCAUGGAAUACGAGUACCCUAUUUCCGACUAAAUCCUGAAACGUCGGAAGAAGUCGGACUCAAUGAGACCGACAACAAAGUAUUGGUAAAGCUGCUCUGGGAAUCGAUGGUGUACAUGCGGAAUCGCCGCAAAGAGCUCGCACAGCUGGCUCGUCUCCUUAAGCCAUGUAACGACUCGCCAUCUCUUCUAUUACGUUCGGAAUCUCCAGGACCGCCCAUCGAUUAGAAACGAUACUGAAAAUUUGGGACAAAUAAAGACCACAAAGUCACGACAAAGUAGCACUUUUGCGGCGAAGUACCGAAUAAUGUUUUAUUUGGCGGAAUCAAACGAUAGAUUUGAGGUUGGUUACUCAUCGUACCGUGCAUCAUGCGUUCAUUAUUGAAGAUCUUAGAAACCUUAGUCAUCUACUCUAAAAAGGUAAAAAGUUUGGAAGACAGUAGCCGUAAGAUCGAUGUGUUGCUCAUUAUUAUGAAGUAGAAAUUACUCAGAACAUUCUUUGUAAACAUAUUACAGGUUGCUGAUUCAUAAUAUUUCAUAUUUAAACGGUUCUGGAUACUGUCGAGCGCCCUGAUAAACCCUGACCGCUUUGCGAUGCCUUCACUUUUAUUCAAUCAACGUUAUUUAACUGAUUAGCAGCAUCUCGUUCGAAAUCAACACAAGCAGGGGCAUCUGUAAGUUUAAUACUAAACUUUGCAUUAGCGUUUAUUUGGCCAUUCACAUUUUUUCAUUAGAAGGUAACGUAUUCAGAUGGUAACUUUGCUAAAUCAUUACAAAAAAAAAGAACUGGUUGUUUUCAUUAGGCGCAGUUGAUAUAAAUAUAUUAGAAGUAUUUAUAGGUUUAGGGUUAGGUAAAACAACAUAUAGAUCCGGAAGUUUGACGUAAAAAACGGCACAUUCGAGCGACCGGUGAAAUGUUGACAGUCUCAUAAAUGAAUAUUUAUCGCUUUAUACAAUAUGUGGCAGAUUCAGUCGGAAGAACUGCGCUGAAGUAGAAAUUAGUAACAGAUAUUGAAAUACGUAAGAAACUUCAAGGGCAACGAAUGCUAGUCGAGCCGUCAAAUAUUAAUACGCUGCGGCAAAAUAACGAUUUCGAAAAGUUUUCAUAUUUUCUUAUCUUGAAUGUCCUUAGUGUUAACGUUAGCUAAACACUCGAUUUGUAUCUAGUGGACCCUAUCGCUUGCUUCGCAUGAACAGUAAAAGGUAUAUGUGCGUUGAGGAAACAUCCUACACGUUAGUUCUGAUGACGAGAAGCAAGCUUCGGUAAAAUGUGCGAAAUAUAAGUGAUAUAUUGAUCAUAAUUAUUAUUAGAAAAUCAUCUAUAAGUGGUGAAAAUGUACUACCGUAUUUAUUAGCUAGGAACUGGGCUACAAGCAGUGGCUGUCGUAUAGUGAUGGGUAGAAAAAUAUAACUAGCGGAUAAGGUCUAUAAAAAUAGUUAUAUGAACAAUCUAGUGUUUUUGUUAUAUGAUGUAUUUUCUUUCGAAUUUAGUGGGAUCAUUGUUACUAUUGUUGUUAUUUUUGUGGUAAUGCUUGGUUGUACAUAGUGUCCUUUAAUCGCGAAGGCCAACCGUUAAUCAAAGAAUACCAAAUAUACAGUUUAUAUAGUCAAACAUACAACGAUGCAAAUGCAAAAUCCUAAUCGCGAUAAUUAUGAUGAAUAUAAUUAUGUCGUCAAUAAUAAGUAUAAUGAAGCAUUCUGUGAGUGACAACAUUCUAUGUUUAGUCCAGUACCGAUUCAACCUAUCAAAAAAGUGAACGGAUUUUAGGUCGGAACGGAUGGCUGAGCCUAGGUUGUUGUAUGAUGGCAUACGAAAUCAGUUCGAGUUGUGUUGGCCGCAAAUGACAUUAAAGAGGUUAAAGCUAUUAACAAAACAUGUAUUUAGUACGUAAAAAUACGUCUAGUUCCAUAGGCAAGCAGUUUGCCUAUUAGACGAUCACGUACUAUUCGAAACGAACAACAAUCUUAUUAACUCUAUUCAUCGGAAGUGUUGUCCAUAUUUAGCGGGCUGACGCAUAUGACACGGUGCGAAGGACAAAAUCGUACUUUGAAAUCGCUAAUACUAUUUCUCGUUAUGAAAAACGGUGUAGUUUGGUGAUGUAUGCAGUGUAUUCUUACUAAACGAUAGGAGUGCAGCUAAUAAAGAUCAGAGCUACAGCCCUGAUGUAUAAGGCAACGUGGUGCCUCCUUUUACGAACCUCUUUCGGUGGCCUAUUCCUUUUUUACCCUAUAUGCCUCAUAUGGUGUACCCAUCUGUAUCUGCGUACAAGUAUUUGUGGCGAAAUUGGCAUUCUCACUGGGGCAAAGAUCGCCAAGGCUGAUAACAAGACAAAGAAAGUCUCCCGUUCAAUUCGCAGCCUUUACUUUUGAGGAAAGAAAAGGAUUUCGAAGUGGUAUCUGUCACAAGGACGAGCAUAAAAAUACGAAAAACGGCCCUAUAUCUGUACUCUUACAUAUGUCUACUGGGUCGAAUACAAGAUAAUCGGAUAUGCAGGGUGUUUAAAAGCGAGAAGUCGUAUCUUUGGAAGUAUGAGAGAGCUCAAUAAACGUGUUGAUUAUUUAACGUGUUAGUACUAAUCACUUGUAAUUAACUGAUAAUUAAAGCCAUUAACGGAUAUUACCAAAAAAAAUUAAAUUUACUCAUAUACAACCUCAUUUUCAUGUUUUUUAAUGAAGCUAUUUUCUUCACACUAUUGCAUACUACCCUAAGUGGUACCUGCUAAGUCAUUAUUUUCGUAGGUUUUUGCUUUUAGCUCUAAGAUGAACAUCGUAUGAUAUCGCUAGUAGAAACGCUUCGUUUUUUAAGCCUUGUCACCUCCCUCAGAAAUCGACGUCAAGCUCUAAAUUACACGAUAUAAUGACAAUAAAAAUAUACAACUAUCUGAGAUGUUUGGAACAUCA